UACAAUACAUGCUGAUUUAUACAGCGCUUUCACAACAGCGGCAGCUGUAACAAAGCGCUUAACAAAACAGUUAACAAAGUAAAAUAAUAAACACAACACAUAACAUAAAACACGGACAGUCGUGCAGUCCUAACCACUUUUCCGUCACACGCUUUGUUGUUUGAAGACCAUCAAAACCUUUGCACAUUCUGCUGCGCUCUGCUUCACUGAAACCUGGCUCAGUGACCGCCACCCGGAUUCCGCGCUACAUCUACCCGGCUUCCGCCUUCUCCGAGCCGACCGCGACACGGAGCUAUCAGAGAAAUCGAAAGGUGGUGGGAUUUGCUUCUAUAUCAACGAAGAAUGGUGCAUUGAUGUCACGAAGCUCGACGCACACUGAAGCCCGGACCUGGAGUCGCUGUCUUUAAACUGCAAGCCAUUCUACUCGCCACAUCCACGAACAGGACGUGAGACGGCUCUUCAAGCAGCAAAAGAUCAAGAAAGCUGCGGGGCCCGACAAAGUGUCCCCCUCCUGCCUGAAAGUCUGCGCUGACCAGCUGGCUCCGGUCUUCACACAAAUCUUCAACAGAUCCCUGGAGCUGUGUGAGGUCCCAUCCUGCUUCAAACAGUCUACCAUCAUCCCGGUUCCCAAGAAAUCGGCAACAUCGGAACUGAACGACUAUAGGCCUGUCGCCCUGACGUCUGUGGUCAUGAAGUCCUUUGAACGCCUUGUGCUGAACCACCUAAAGAACGUCACUGGAACCCUGCUGGACCCUCUCCAGUUUGCAUACCGGGCAAACAGGUCUGUGGAAGAUGCAGUCAACAUAGGUCUGCACAUACAUCCUCGAACACCUCGACAGCACAGGGACCUACGCAAGGAUUCUGUUUGUGGAUUUCAGCUCUGCGUUCAACACCAUCAUCCCGGAACUCCUCACCCCCAAACUACUCCACCUCGGUGUGUCCCCUACGAACUGCCAGUGGAUCCUCAGCUUCCUGACGGGACGGACACAACAGGUGAGACUGGGAGCAACAACAUCAUCACUACGCACCACCAGCACUGGAGCCCCACAGGGAUGUGUCCUCUCUCCACUGCUCUUCUCUCUCUACACAAACGAUUGCACCUCAACAGAUCCAGCUGUCAAACUCAUAAAGUUCGCAGACGACACCACGGUCAUCGGUCUCAUCAAAGAUGGCGACGAGUCUGCGUACCGCCAACAAGUGGAGCAGCUGGAGCUCUGGUGCAGCCGACACAACCUCGGGCUGAACACGCUCAAGACUGUAGAGAUGAUCGUGGACUUCAGGAAACAUUCUUCUCCACAGUUGCCCCUCACACUAUCCAACUGCCCUGUGUCAACCGUCAUUACCUUCAAGUUCCUGGGAAUCACAGUCUCCCAGGACAUGAAGUGGGAAGUCAACACCAUCUCCAUCCUGAAAAGGGCCCGGCAGUGGAUGUACUUCCUGAGGCUGCUGAGGAAGCAUGGCCUGCCACAGGAGGUGCUACGACAGUUCUACACGGCAGUCAUCGAAUCAAUCCUGUGUUCUUCCAUUGCGGUUUGGUUUGGGGCCGCCACAAAAAAGGACAAAAUCCGACAUCAAUUGACAGUUAGAACAGCGGAGAAAAUCGUUGGCACCGCCCUACCCACUCUUAAGGACUUGCACACUGCAAGA